AUGCGCAGCUAUGCUGAAGUCUCGUUCUUGACGUAUAAAGAACUUGGUCUCUUGGAUACAGGAGCAAAUAUAAGCUGCAUCGGUUCCUCACUUGCAACAGAAGAUUUUUCCAAGAUACCUCAAUUUAAAGCAUUAAACUCACAAGCUAGAACAGCAGAUGGUGAAGAACAGAAAAUUAUAGGAGUUCUUGAGAUUCUGAUGACUUAUAAAACAGUCAAAAGGCCAAUGAAACUGUACGUUAUACCCUCCAUAAAACAGAAACUAAUCUUAGGUCACGAUUUUUGGAGAACCUUCUCACUUGCACCGAACAUUAUUAGUUCGCUAGAGAACUCUUUGGACUCAACUGGAACUACCGAAAACGUGUACCCUUUGAGUCAGCAACAAAUUCAGCAGUUAGAAGUCGUUAAGAACUUGUUCCCGAAUGCUACUAAAGGUUUAGGACGUACCACCUUUAUCCAACAUCAUAUUGAUGUAGGAGAGGCAAAGCCUGUGAAACAGCGUUUCUACCCCGUAAGUCCGGCUGUAGAGAAGUUGCUUUAUAACGAAAUCGAUCGUAUGCUCCAACUGGAGGUAAUUGAACCGUCGGUAAGUGCUUGGAGUUCUCCCAUGCGUCUCGUUGUUAAGCCCAACAACGUUCGACUUUGCUUGGAUGCCCGCCGACUUAACGAAGUCACAAAAAAGCACGCCUAUCCUUUACCUAGUAUUGACGGAAUCUUUUCGAGACUACCUAGCGCUAAUAUAAUCACCAAACUGGACCUUAAAGAUGUAUAUUGGCAAAUUGAGCUCAGUCCCGAAUCAAAGCCGUUGACCGCCUUUACGGUCCCGGGACGACCACUUUAUCAAUUUAAGGUAAUGCCAUUUGGCCUAUGCAAUGCCCCGUCUACUAUGUGCCGCCUGAUGGAUGAAAUCCUUCCACCCGAUCUUCGACAUUGCGUUUUCGGUUAUCUCGAUGACCUUUGCAUUGUUUCGGAAGACUUUUCUUCACAUCUCACUGUGUUAGUUCGUUUAGCGGAGCAAUUUCGCAAAGCAAAUUUAACCCUUAAUAUUGACAAAAGCCAAUUUUGUGUCACAAGCAUUAACUAUCUAGGCUAUAUCAUUGGUAGCGGAGGAAAAGAACAUAUCGUUCCCGAUGCCUUAUCACGGCUAUGCGAAAAUGAAAUAUCAGAGUUAGAUAUGAGGCCAAUAAUAGAUCUUGAAUCAGACGCUUUUCAAGACGAGGCCUACGUAACACUUAAAAACAAAUUUAGUGAAAACCCUGAAAAAUUUCCUGAUAUAAAAAUUGUUGAUAACCUUUUGUAUAUUAGAACCGAACACGCUGUUGGCGAUGGUACCGAGGAUAAAUCCACUUGGAAGCUAUGGGUUCCAGAGAGGCUCAAAAAUGAAGCCCUAAAGCAAGGUCAUGACAGCCUCACGUCUUCGCAUGCAGGCAUACAAAAGGCAAUCGAGAAGCUACGUCGUUAUCUUUUCUGGCCUGGCUUGGCGAAGGAUGUACGCGAGUAUAUUCGACAAUGUGAGAUCUGCAAGGAGAAUAAAGCUCCCAAUAUCACUUUACGUCCUCCAAUGGGUGCUCAUAUCCCUACUUGUCGACCUUUCCAAAAGUUGUAUAUUGAUCUGUUAGGACCAUACCCUCGUAGUAAAAAUUGGCAUAUAGGUUUACUCAUUGUCCUUGACCAUUUUAAGAAUGUAUUUCAUAGCUUUGGAGUUCCCGAAACCCUUGUUAGCGAUAACGGAACCCAAUUCAGGGCUAAUGACUUCAAAGCCUUCCUAACCGAAUUAGGUAUCAAACAGGUGUUUACUGCUUUAUACUCGCCGCAGAGCAAUGCUGCCGAACGCGUAAAUCGUUCUUUAUUAGCCGCGAUUCGUUCGUAUUUGAAAAAGGACCGGUCUGAAUGGGAUUUACAUCUCUCAAGCAUAUCCUGUUCCUUGAGGUCCGCCCUUCAUCAAUCGCUAGGAUGUUCACCGUAUCGAGCCUUAUUUGGUCUGGACAUGAUUACUCAUGGGUCAGACUACAAACUACUGAAGGAGUUAUCCUUGCUUGAAGAGCCCAUUGUACCCCUUUCCCGAUCAGAUAACUUAGCGUUAUUGAGAAAAGAUAUACAAGCAAACAUACGCAAGGCAUACGACAAAAACGUUAAGCAAUAUAAUUUACGUUCAAAACCUGUCUCUUAUAAAGAAGGCCAAGAAGUAUACCGUCGUAACUUCGCUCUUAGUAAGUUCUCGGAAAAGUUCAAUGCCAAACUAGGUUCACAAUUUGUCAAAUGCAGAAUCCGGAAGAAGCUUGGCAGCUGCUACUAUCAGCUAGAAGACUUACAAGGAAAGGAAAUUGGUACUUAUCAUGCCAAAGACAUUCGUAGCUGA